AUGCUCACCACAGAGGCUGUCAAAUCCUCGAGAGGUCAAACCGAUGGUUUUGGUGGAAAGUAUUAUCAACGCUAUGAAAAAUCACAUUCUUCCAAAUUCUUGACCAUUCUUCAGAAAUAUUCAAAGAAGGAUUUCAUUCGAAUUCCAUUAUCUAAACGAAGAAUGCAAUAUGAAGGCAUGCAUGUCGUGAAUGUGUCCAAGGACAAACAUGUGGUACAAUCAUCCUGCUUUUCGACAUUACGAAAAGAUUUCAAAACUUCGAACGAUUCCAAUCACAUGUCCUCUGAGAGUGCUCAAAUGGCUGUUCCAACCAAAGAUAUUGAAAGCGUAUCAGUGGGACGUAUUUCACUUCAAAAGAUUGUGCAGUCUGCAAAACCAGAUCAAGAUAUAUCAGCCAUUGUUCUUGAAUUGGAAAAAAGAAAGGAAGAGCAAAUUUAG